AGCGACACCACAGAAAUCCUCGCCUUUUGCGAUUCGCUGAAGUUGAAGCCGAAUCUGUGACGUGUGAAGAUCCAUUCGGGUCGGGUCUGGUUUGUGUGUACCACACAACCCACCCGUUUUGUCUCAUUAUUUGCCAGGCCCCACGCAUUAGAACCGAGUCACCACUAUCGGCGAGCACAGCAUGAGUUACAACCGGCGAGGAGGCUUUGGCGGACGCAGUCGCGGGCGUGGCAACCGCGGAGGACGUGGAGGAUACGGAGGUGGCCGCGGUGGUUUCGGCAGUGGCUCGUCCGUGGGCAACGAGGUGUGUCGGCGCUUCAUGGACGGCGGCAAAUGCGAGUUCGAACAGACUUCGGGCGGCCGGCCAUGCCGCUAUCCUCACUUCGUCAAGACUAUCGGCGAGACACGCGGCCACAACGGAUCCAUCAAAGACGUGGUUAUGUGGGCUGAGCGUCAGCAGCUCUUCACGUGUGCAGCGGACGCCAGCAUCAAGCUCUGGGACUGUGCCACCUGGCAAGAAGUCACCACUAUCAGUGUGCAGGACGCGCUCCCACCCGCUACAGCGAACGGUGGUAACGGCGGAGGCAGAGGAGGCAACAGAGACAAGACGCCGCAUACUGAGGGCGUCGUGGCGCUUGUACUGUGCGGUCCUUUCCUGUUCGCUGGAUUCGAAGGCCGCUUCCCACCCAACCCCAAGGUGUCGGUGGGUAUGGUGCGAGGAUGGAACUUGGAGAAUGCACAGGCGCCACCCUUUGAAUUCCCAGCAUCCGACGUUAUGCCCUUCGCACAUACAAUGAAUGUCCAAGCUCUGGCUGUAGCGACCGACUCGACGGGCAAUGCCACCCUCUUCAGCGGCAGUGCGGACGGAUCCAUCCGAUACUGGCAGAUGGAUACAGCCACCAACCAGUUCAAGUGUCGCGGUGUCAUGGAAGGACACGUGCGCGGAGUGACGCGCCUCAAGACGUUUGCAGUGGGCGGUGCACCCAUUUUGGCCUCAGCUAGUGUGGACUCAACAAUUCGACUCUGGGACUUGGCUACAUACCAGUGCGUCAAGGUGCUCUCGGCCGAAGAAAAUGGCCACACGGACGCCGUCAUGGACCUCGAGUUCUGGGUGAACGGUAAUGAGACGUUCCUCAUCAGUGGCGGACUUGACUGUGAGAUUAUCGUGUGGAGUCUCACUCCUCCCUUCCAGCAGCUUUUCAAGGAGACGCAGGACUCGCAGGUCACUGCACUUUGCGGUACACAAGACGCCGCACAAGCUCCGAUUCUUCUCAUCGGCAUGGCGGACGGCACCAUUUCAGUCAAGGAACUGCCUUCAUUCGCGUACAAGACAACACUAGGCGCCAAUCUCAACCAAGGGCAUCAGGACGCUGUGCGACGUAUCACCACUGGGCCGAGCAACACGUUCUUCUCCACUGGCAAUGACAGGAAGAUGAUUGCUUGGCAGAUCACAGGCGACGCCGCCUCUAUCCAGUCCAAAUAAAGCGAUCAAGUUUUGAUCCUGUAGCAUGAACGUCGCUGUGUAAAACACCGAGUUCUCCCCCCAACUUUGAAGCAGUAACAGCAUUAAAAACACGGUCAACAGCUUGCGUUGAGGGCGAAAAGUUCAAACGCUCUACAAAAGAUAAUCUAGGCUUUAAAGUAAGUAGAUGCUGCUGACACUUCACCAUUUUAACUGUGAAAUACGCGAGAGAUAGCAACCGAUUCUCCUUACACGUUGCUAAUACCGUUUUGGACCUCAACUCCAAGUGCUGUUGAGUUCAAGCGAGUCUUCUCAUCUUCAUGAUCAGGCAUGGACAAUAGAACCUGUUGCGCCACCAAACUUCCAGCUGAUCGUUGCACUGGUUGGUGAUCAACAACGCCCUCAACCCCUGAGGCUGUAGUCUGGCCAGACAACGCAACACCAUCAGUUACAAUACCGAGUUCCUUGCGCACGCGUUGGAGCCAAGUGGCCGCUUUUUGAUAGGAACGGUUGAGCGUGUAGGCCUCCUCAAAGCACGUCGCAGCCAGCUCGAGCUGCUUCUUACUGUAAUGACAAAGCCCCAUGUUGUGACUUGUGACGUGGUGCUUGCCCAUUUCUUGUGCGGACAGAGUGUAGUAGGCCAAUGCGCUGUCGUACUCGUGCAAUCCGUAGUAGAGACGACCGAUUUCAAAGGCGACAUCCUUCUCCUUGUCUAGCGCGUAGUAGUUCUUCCAGACCAUCGGGAUUCCGUACACCACGUCCUGUUUGAGUUUGGGAGCGGCAGCCGGUGACUGGUCCAACAGAACGUCGCGGAACUUAUAAAACACGUCCGGAUCCCACCCGCUCAGCUUCAUCAGCGCUAGUACAGCCUUAAGUGACGGCGUCUUGGCAUCUUCCUUGGUGGAUUUCUGCAUCACGA